AUGUUCAGGCUCCGACAAUUCCGUGCCUAUUCGACCUUGGCGCCAACCAUCCGAGAUGUCUUUCUCAACCCAUUGCCCAUAAAUUCUGAAAUUACCUGCUAUGGUCAUAUCAAAAGCAUCAGGAGCUUCAAAAAGUUGACAUUUGUAGAUAUCUCAGACGGAUCCAGCCACAGAUCUCUUAACGUGGUCAUGGAUAACAAUUCUGCAGAAAGCGCUUCUAAUUUUGCUGUGGGCCAGAGUGUGGAAGUCAAAGGUAAAUGGGUCGAAUCAAGGGGCACCCAGGCAAAUGAAGUGAGGAUUGUCAGUGAUGAUCCAAAACAUGGAGUGACCAUUUUGGGCCAAGUUCCAGACUCAUACCCUAUACAGAAAAAGACUCUGACUCUACAAUUCCUUCGUGGUCAUCCAACUCUACGUCACAGAACAAGUACCCUAGCAUCGGUGAUGCGCCUAAGGUCUAAGAUAGAGACAGAGUUGGCAACUUUUUUCCAAAAAAACAGCUGCGUAAAAGUUGGUCCACCUCUUCUUACUGCUUCAGAUUGCGAAGGUGGCGGUCAACAAUUCAUAGUCGGGCAAGGGAAUAGACCAAAAGAAGAGUUCUUCUCAAAAGCUGCCUACUUGACAGUCUCAGCUCAACUCCAUCUCGAGGUGUUAUCUCAGUCUCUCAACAGAGUCUGGUGCCUCAGUCCUUGUUUUCGGGCAGAAGACUCAAAUACAAACAGACACCUCUGUGAGUUCUGGAUGUUAGAGGGUGAGCUUUCAUACGUAACGAAAAUCGAACAGCUUACGAGUUUCGUGGAAGACAUGAUCAGAAAUGUUGCUCAAAGCUUGAAAACUGAUAACCAAGAGAACGAUGCGGGCCUGUUUAAAGAUUUAGAGCAAUCAAGAUACUCGAAGGAAGACCGCCAGAAGCUUACAGAACGCUGGGACACAAUGCUAUCGAGAGAAAAAUGGCCAUCUGUUACAUACACAGAAGCUAUAAAUCUUAUCAAUUUACACAAAUACAAUUCUAAAGAAACCUUGCGUUGGGGCGAUGAUAUUCUGACCGAACACGAGAAAUGGCUUGCAGGUGAUCAUUUCAAAUCACCAGUAUUUGUUACCGACUACCCGAAAGCACAAAAGCCAUUUUACAUGCCAAAUCUGAGCACGGAGAUUUAUGAUGCUGAGAAACCCACCGUGGCAUGCUUCGAUCUCAUUUUUCCUGAAAUUGGUGAGCUUGUCGGAGGUUCCUUGAGAGAGCAUAAUUAUGACCUAUUAGUGAAAGAAAUGAAGGAACGCGGGAUGAAUAUUGAGGCUAUGGACUGGUAUGUUUCUACUCGCGAGAAUGGGUCCAUCCCUCAUGGUGGAUUCGGAUUGGGUUUCGAACGAUUUGUGGCUUACUUGGGAGGUAUUGACAACAUCAAGGAUGUAAGCGCAUUUCCAAGGGCCCCUGGGAUUUUAGCAUGCUAA